CUUGCGUCGCUUCAUAUCUUAGAAAAUUAGGGCUAGAAUUUCCUCCCAGCGAGUGAAGCUCUCUUAUCAAGCUACGCCUCCAUAACCAGAGAACACUCCCGACUCCAUUGACAGCUCUCAAUCAUGGCUGAGCAGACCGAGAAGGCAUUUCUGAAGCAGCCCAAAGUUUUCUUGAGUUCAAAGAAAACUGGGAAAGGAAAGAGACCCGGAAAGGGCGGGAACCGCUUCUGGAAGAGCAUUGGCUUGGGUUUCAAGACUCCAAGAGAGGCCAUCGAAGGAACCUAUAUUGAUAAAAAAUGCCCGUUCACUGGUACUGUUUCAAUCAGGGGCCGUAUCUUGGCUGGAACUUGCCACAGUGCCAAGAUGAUGAGGUCAAUUGUUGUACGACGGAACUACCUUCAUUUUGUGAAGAAGUACCAAAGGUAUGAGAAAAGGCACUCCAACAUUCCUGCACACGUGUCGCCAUGCUUCCGUGUGAAGGAAGGUGAUCAUGUUAUCAUUGGCCAGUGCAGGCCAUUGUCAAAAACAGUUAGAUUCAAUGUGUUGAAGGUGAUCCCCGCUGGAUCUUCUGCCGGUGGGAAGAAGGCCUUUACCGGGAUGUGAUUUUGGCUUGCAAUUUCAUGGUAGGGUCCUGUCACAAGCAUAUGGGUUGGGCUGUUUGUUGAUUAGAUUAUGUAAGGGAAACCUCAAGAAUUUUUCAUCGUUUAGAUUUUAGAAAUUCGUGUACUUUUUGAUGCCUCCUGUUUUUUCCUUUUCAGUUAAUAACUUAAAUCAUGGUUUUGAGGAUGCCUAGUGGUUGGAUCAGAAUCUGUUUUUGACUAAUAUAUGGCUUUCUUUUAAAGUGAAUGGAAGAAAGUAGUUUGAUUUACGUUA